AUGUGUUGUGGACGCAAAAAGGCGACGCAACGUGACGAAAUCGACAGAGGUCGAGGCUGGGGGCUAGGUGAAGGAAUACCACUGUUGGUGGAUGAUAAACCUUUUACCACCUGGUCAUCCGAUAUUGGCGAGAGAUGCAUCGUGUUGGAAGAAAGUGGUUCAGCGGUGCUGACAUAUGUUAAAAGGAUGAUAGAAGAUGGUAAGCCUUUGUUGGCAGAUAGCUUGCCAAUGUUGACAAGCUAUAGUACCGACUGUAUGGUGACAGAUGGCAAACCAGAAAUGCACUGUCACAGUGACAGCAUCAGCCACACACAGCCAGUGUGCUACAAGUGUUACGCGCGUACAGACAUCGUCGCGUCCCCUCUACCCCUCUGGCAAUGUGACAGUGACAGUGACAGUGGAGUGUUUACCUGGUCUGGACGCGAACCAUGGACCCUCGGUACCGCCCCGUGCAGACCAAGUCCGCCGGACACAGGUUCAUCAAUAAAGUCAAGUGUGCCCUGCCUUACGUGCCCUUGCUUCAUCUGCCUCGUAGGAAUUGUACAGACAGUAUUGUACCUGAUAGACAGUUCGGAGCUGUUCCAACUGCUGCUAUACUCUCCUGAUCACAGACUCCAACCAUGGCGCUAUGUCUCCUACAUGUUACUCCACCUAGAUACCACCCACCUGCUGAUAAACCUCGGCAUCCAAACGGUGCUCGCCAUCCCUUUAGAGGCUGAACAGGGCUUUCUGAGGACUGCCCUCGUCUAUAUUCUUGGAGGAUUGGCAGGAUCCUUGGGAACUGCAGUGCUAGAUCCAGAACUAUCUAUGGUCGGAUCAUCUGCCGGAGUCUACGCUCUACUCCUGGCUCAACUUCCUAACAUCCUUUACAACUACGAACUACUGCGCUAUCAGUGGUACAGGGUGGUCAGCGUAGUCUGCCUAUGUGUGGGGGACUUGACGUACGACAUGUUCCGACAGGCUGGCCCUGUUAUCAGCUGGGCAGCACACGUGUCCGGAGCGGUCGCUGGCCUGCUGGUCGGCCUCACCGUCUUCACUUCCUACAGUGACUGCUCUCCUCUCUCACUGUCCUUGCUGCGGUACGCUUCCAUCGUCUUGUUCACCAUUCUCGUCCUAUUCUCGAUUUUGUACAUUCAUACUCAUAAAAAUAAAGCUAUUUUACAUUACUUGUGUUUUCCUGUGCUAUUGUUCCAAAAACGCCAAACUAUUAUGCAUAAAAAUAUAACUUUAAAAUCCUUAUCCUCGUGGAAAAGUGAUGGUGUACUGUAA